AUGGCGCAGUUUUCAGCUCGCGCAGAGGAAGUGCGCAAUCUGCUCAACGCCGUUCAUAACCUGCUCAUCCCAUUCAUAAGCUCAGCAGAUGCCAUUCCAGAGGCUCCGCGCAAAAACUUUAGCUCCGAGAACGGCGCAAACGCCAAUGUCGACCUCACCAGACCAACUACGUCUCUAAUCAACUAUCAAAGCCCGGAGGAGCUCCAGAAACUCUUACAACUCGAUUUUCCAUCGACAGGACAGGGCCAAGAAGGUCUGAUUGAAAUCCUCCGGCACAUAUUACGCUAUUCCGUCAACACAUGGCACCAGGGAUUUUUGGAUAAACUGUAUGCCUCAACGAAUGCGCCAGGGGUAGCAGCAGAGCUUGUUCUUGCUGCACUAAACACGAAUGUCCACGUGUACCAAGUAUCGCCCGCAUUGACGUUAAUUGAGAAGCAUACCGCGAAGCAACUGGCAUUGCUGUUUGGUCUCGAUGGGCCUCACUCGGGAGGUAUAUCUGUGCAGGGCGGAUCGGCGUCCAAUACCACAUCCAUAGUGAUAGCUAGGAACGUGCUGUACCCAAAAACAAAAGUUGAAGGCAAUGGCAAUUACCGAUUUGUCAUUUUUACCAGUGACCACGGUCAUUACAGCAUCGAGAAGGCUGCCCAAAUGCUCGGGUUGGGAAGUAGUUCUGUCUGGCCAGUACCUAUCGACAGGCAAGGCCGGAUGAUUGUUUCCGAGCUAGAGAAGCUUAUAGAAAAGGCCAAAAGCGAAGGAAGAACUCCAUUUUAUGUCAAUGCCACUGCUGGAACUACUGUUCUGGGAUCAUUCGAUCCAUUCAAUGAAGUGGCAGCAGUUUGCAGGAAACACAAUCUUUGGUUUCAUAUUGAUGCUUCUUGGGGCGGAUCGUUCAUCUUCUCUGCAAGCCAGAGGAAAAAGCUUAUCGGUGCAGAGAAGGCGAAUAGUAUUGCCAUUAACCCGCACAAAAUGCUCGGGGUUCCUGUGACCUGCUCAUUCCUCUUGGGGGCUGAUCUUCGCCAAUUCCACCACGCCAACACGCUGCCAGCAGGGUAUCUAUUCCAUGGCAGCAAUAAUCCCGAUUCUGGGCAGUCAAAUGGAGACUCGCAGCCAGUUGACUCGCCAGAAGUCUGGGAUCUCGCGGAUCUGACGCUCCAGUGUGGUCGUCGUGCUGAUUCACUGAAGCUGUUCUUGAGUUGGACAUAUUAUGGAUCGGAUGGUUACGAGCGCAGAAUAGACGAAGCCGUUGACGUCGCAACACAUCUAGCCACUCUCCUUGAAAACCACCCAGAUUUCAUUCUCGUCAGUGAGAACAAGCCGCCUUGUCUUCAAGUCUGCUUUUACUAUGCACCAGGAAAGCGCCUGGUAUACGACAACGACGAUGCUGUUUCAAAGAAUAUAGAUGUCCUCGCCGCAAAGAACAGCAGGGUAACAGAAGAGGUGACGAGGGCAAUUGUGAGCAAAGGCUUCAUGGUUGACUAUGCACCUCCAAGCGGUGGUGAUCUCGAGUCCAGAGCAAAGGGCAAAUUUUUCCGCUGCGUUGUCAAUAUAUCGACAGAGAAACGGACUGUAGAAUCUCUAAUUCAUGCAAUUGAAGAUGUAGGUCCCGCGGUGAUCGAAAGGCUCAAGAAGGUUUCGCCGGUUUAG